UUAAAAUCAAUAUUUUGGACCCAGAGAUCUACUUAUUGUAAGUCCCUGGUAAUAUUCAUGAAUACGUGAAAAGGCAUGUAGAGGCAGCAGACCUACAGUUGCUAGGGUUUUGAGAACAUUUGCCUUUGACUAUUUAAAUACUGAAAUAGAAUAAAGUGGAGUAAUUUUCCUCUUGUAUUAUUGUUCAAAUUACUGUUCAGCAUGUUUAUUUCAAAGACAAGGAAGUUUAGCUAGCUUUCAUUUUGUUGCUGUCAAACAUAAUAGCACUGGCUUAUGUGAGAUUCUCAUCCUGUUUUUCAGCAAGUAUUUAUCAAGCUAGCUAGAGCUUUCCUAAAUUUUAUCAACUAUAUGUUACUGUAUUGCAACAUUAAAGUAGCUAUAACAACUUCUGAAAUAAGGAAAACCGAUUUUGUGUCUAAGGGAGACUGUAAAUUUAGAAAGCACCCCAAAAUCUAUUAGCGUUUCUCUGUAUUGUUGAUAAUCUUGUUUGCAGGUAUAAAGGAAAAAAGGUGAAAAAAAUAGCUUUUGUAGGAAGUUCAGACAAAAAAAAGUAUCUAUUUGUUCAGCAGUUAGACUUUCUGCUGCAGACCAAUUUGAUGUCAAUAUGUUAAUUAACAUAUUUUUACCUAAUAUGUCUUAUUUCAUUAGAAAUUAAACAAAAACAAGCAAAAACCAAUACACAAAUUCUCCCCCCCCCUCCAAAAAAAAAAACCCACACCAAAACCCUAAAAAACCUGUAGCCUCUAAGAUAGAAGCCCUGUGUUUCCUUGUUGGUGUGGUGCUUGAAUCCCUGUCCAAGUACUGCAAACGUGGGCUCACAGAGGAGGGUUCUGGAAGAGGUCUGACCCUCAAGACCGUUCUGCUGGGGUUUGAGUCGCCUGCUCCUCUGGAGUCUCUGUUCUGAAUGUGCUUUCUUGUCCUGCAGGGUCCCUGCCGUGCCGAGCAGACUUCUGCCCCUGUACCACACACUGGCUGUUGUCAGCACGGCCCGGUGCUGCACAGAGAGGCCAAAUCAGCGUUGCCCUGUGACCGGGCUGUGAGGAAAUAAGCCUCGAAUGGAUUUUGGAAACAGCCUCGUCAUUGUGAUUAAAGAAAUAGCUGAUUUGAAUUUUAGUUUUGAUCUCCUUUGAUAAAAGUUAAAAUGCCUGAUUAUGCAAAUGCCUUUUGGAAAAAAAAAUCAAUGGUCACUUGGUUUAUGUAAAGGCGGUUGCAUGCAUAGAUUGGGAGUUACUGUUUAAAUUUUCCUUUUAAGGUAACAGUAAAUAAAGUCAGCUUUUUCAGAGAAAGUAGCUCAUAUUCUGUCUCCAACAAUAUGAAGAGUCAGAGCCUCAACUGCCCUAAAUCCAUUAAAAUAUGUACAUUUUACAAUGAGAUGCACAUCUGAAACGUGGCACAGGCAGUUACCCGUUGAAAAAGAUGCCGUACAGAGGAUCAAAAAACGUAGAAAGCCUAAUGAAAAGGGACAGCCUGGCUUUACAGUCUGGCAGGAGGAUAGCACUGAGAUUAGGGGAUUGAGCAAAAAGCCGGCGUGCAGAAUUGCGGGUUUUUAUAUAAUGGCUUUAGCAAGUAUCCUUUAGGACGCAGUGGCAAUGUGCAGUGAGGCAAACUUGGUGAGUAAUGGCCAAUCAUUAAGCGGUGAUGAGGGAAGAGCGCUGAGUGCGAAGCCGCCGAGAGCCUGUCGAAUGCAUCACGCCGGGAACGCAGCGUUCCUGCCACUGCUCGCCGACCAAGGCGACACGCCAGAAUUAGAGUCGAUUCAAUGUUCAAGCCCGGGGGGACUUGUACUGCAGGAGGUCACUGGAGUGCAGAGUGCUCGGCUCCCAUUUCCAGCAAGAUGCCUUAUUUCACAAAACUCCUUUUAUUAAUCUUCUGCUUAGUUCUUCUCGUGGAAAGCAGAAAGCACAGGAGAAGGAGGUGGACAACGCAUCUGGAUGUGCAGAGAGCAAGUCACAUCUUUAAGAAGAAUCGCGACUUGACCAAAGCCUGGAGAGGAAAGACAGAGCAGCUUCUCAGAGUCGACGAACACGACUUCACCAUGCGGCCCGCCUUUGGAGGCCCUGCGAUUCCUGUUGGGGUGGAUGUGCAAGUUGAAAGCUUGGACAGUAUUUCUGAGGUUGACAUGGAUUUCACUAUGACCUUGUACUUAAGGCACUACUGGAAGGAUGAGCGUCUCUCGUUUCCCAGCACCAACAACAAGAGCAUGACCUUUGAUGGCAGGCUGGUGAAGAAGAUCUGGGUUCCUGAUGUCUUCUUCGUGCAUUCCAAGAGGUCCUUCAUUCAUGAUACCACCACGGACAACAUCAUGCUGCGAGUGUUCCCUGAUGGGCACGUCCUCUACAGCAUGAGGGUCACAGUGACAGCAAUGUGCAACAUGGACUUCAGCCACUUCCCCCUGGACUCUCAGACAUGUUCUCUGGAGCUGGAAAGCUAUGCUUACACUGAUGAAGAUCUGAUGCUAUAUUGGAAAAAUGGGAAUGAAUCUCUGAAAACUGAUGAAAAAAUUACUUUGUCUCAGUUUUUGAUACAAAAAUUCCACACCACAUCAAGACUGGCUUUCUACAGUAGCACAGGUUGGUACAAUCGCCUCUAUAUAAAUUUCACAUUACGCCGACACAUCUUCUUCUUCCUGCUCCAAACCUACUUCCCUGCCACUCUCAUGGUCAUGCUGUCCUGGGUGUCCUUCUGGAUCGACCGACGAGCAGUUCCUGCCAGAGUCUCUUUGGGGAUAACCACCGUGCUGACCAUGUCCACAAUCAUCACUGGGGUGAAUGCCUCCAUGCCUCGUGUUUCCUACAUCAAAGCAGUGGACAUUUACCUGUGGGUCAGUUUUGUGUUUGUCUUCCUCUCGGUGCUGGAAUACGCGGCUGUGAAUUACCUGACAACGGUGCAAGAGCGGAAGGAGAGGAAACUGCGGGAGAGGUUUUCGUGUUCGUGUGGAAUACCUCACUCAAAAACUAUGAUGCUGGAUGGAAACUACAGUGAAUCUGAUGCCAACAGCCUGGCAGGGUAUACAAGAAACCAGAUGGUACCAGAAGAGGAAAAACCAGAAAAGAUGGUUGUGCAUCUAGCCAUGAGCAAUGAAUCUAAUUCAUCAAGGAAGAGAGGCCUGAAGGGCCACGUGGGCUUGCGCAUCAUCCAGAACACUCAUGCCAUUGAUAAAUAUUCAAGGUUAAUAUUCCCAGGCACCUAUAUAUUUUUUAAUUUGAUAUAUUGGUCUGUCUUUAGCUAAGCAUGCUGGCAUUUCUGAAUCAGAAGAUGUCUACAAAACACUUUUGUUGGUACUUUUUUUUUGUCUAAUCUGGACAACAAAGCUAGAAACCUGAUUGUUGUAUUGCUUCUUUGAAGUGUAAAUGGGAGGACACAUCCCCCAGGAGGCAAUUCCAUGUGCAGGCCUCCUGGAGGAACUUGCUGUACUGGUUGGUUUCCAGCCCACCCUCCUGCUCCUGUGUGCUUUAUGACACAUGCCAUUUCUCAUACUUGAAAAUAUGUGUCCACCAUACAGCCAAAAGGUGCUGGAUGCUCAUUUGGGGCUGGCCACACUGGUGGUGCCUGCUGUGCAAUGGACAACCAAAGACAAUGCUCAUGUGAGCUGUCAGGAAUUAAAUAAAGGCAGCUUGUGUGGGGAGGUCUGGACAGUGCUUCUCCUGUAAGGAAACUGAGCACUUUCCUUUCCUUUUGAGAAAAUUGUUUUGUUUUUUUCUUUGGCAUAUAAACAUAACAUUUUUCUAUUGUUUUGUGAAGAACACCUCCUUUAAGGGUACAGAUUCUGCUUUCUGUCUGGACAGGACCUUCAUCAGUACAUUAGGACAGCUGGCUGGGCUGGUUACAGAGCACAGGUGGUAUGAUUGAGUCAGGGGGGUUUUUUUCUAGAUUACAAAGUGCAGCCCAUGGACAAACUGUGUAUCCCAAUGUGCCUCUCCCAGUCAACACAAUGCCCUUCUGUUCAGGCAUUUGGGAUCAAAAGGAAUACAUGUCUGCCAGAACCUCUCUGCAGGCACAGAGGCAUGUCAGAGAUUCAAUGGCCAAGGAUAAUACUGUGGGUCUAAGGUCGAUGUAAGUCCUUUGAAGCGGCUGCACAGCAUUGCAACAUGCUUAUGUGCUUGGCAGUUCUUUUCCUAUCCCAUGAUAUCUCCCUUUCCUUUGCUAACAACACUGACAGCAAAACCCAAAUGUAGAAACAUGAUAGCAACAAGACAAUGAUGCUCAGGUUUGUGCGCUCCUUAUUUUAAGAAAACACCAUGACUUUUUGGCUGUUGUGGAGAUUAUGUACAUCAAAACACUUGCUUCCCAAGCUGAAGCUGAGCUGUGGGGGCAGAGCUUGAAGUGUGAAGAGCCAGGACUGAGGUUAGAAUAAAGAAAAAGCAAACAAAAAUACUGAUGUAACCAUAAUUAUUUGUCAGCACAUGAAAUUUUCUGCUUACACAGCAGGAAUUCUAACAUCCUAAAUCUCAGGGGAUGUAGAAAGUAGCAGAGAAAUAUCAACUCUUGGCUGUCAGCAAUACCCAGGUUUUCCCUUGUGCCUCAAAUAUUACUGCUUAAGUCAAGCUGAUGAUGGCACUGAUUUAGUGGAAACAAAAUUGAUGAGAGAAGCUAAAAUUAACAGAUAUGUUCCCCUUUAUUCAGCCAUGUUAAUAGCUUACAUGAAUUGAGUACUGUCUGGUCAUGAAAGUAAGAAACCACACCUCUAAAAUUGCUGGCAAGAAGAGGAAGGACAGUGUCUGAGGGGAAGGAUUGCCUAGCCUGCCACUUGUCUCCUGAGCCACCAGGAGAGUGCAUUUACCACUCAUUGGAUACUUCUCACAUUGACAGGUGGAGAUCACUACAAGAAAGACACAAAAAAAUAUUAAAGAAAUAGACCACUCAUUCUUUUGAGAGGUUAAAGCCUGGGCAUAACAGUGCAUUCUUCAUCAUUAGCAGUUUUGAGUGUAAAACCAGAGCCAAUGUCCCAGCUGGCAGCAGGACAGUUGCAGCAAAGAGACCUUUGCUGGGGAAAGGCAGCACAACUACACCAUGAAGCCACCAGAGAGUUCAGGGAGUGAGAAACUUGGUUCCUGUGCCCCCCUGUUUUGCCAGUCUUUCGGCAUUACCCACGGCACGUGCCAUUUAACCUCGCAGUGCCUCAGCUCCUCCACCAAGAAAGUGAGGAGCACUAGGAUUUGCCUACCUCACAAGGUGCCGAGGGGCUCAGCAGGCUUGGAUAGCACGUGUGUGGGGCAUGCCUAUGAUUUCUGAGCAAGUCACCCAGUGGGAAUCCAAUUUUGUAUUAGUUACCAGUGAGUUCUUCAAAUGCAUCUUCUGAACCAGUCCAGCUGGAAGAAAGCAGGUAUCUCUCCUGCCUUAUGAUGCUGUUACAACUCCCCUGCGUUACAAUGAUAUUAAACCAGGGAUAAGUCUAGAAAAACAGCCCAAAAGUGAGGGCUGUCAAUGAAUAAUGCCUCUUGGCAUACAAAACCCAGGAAGCCCUAGUGCUUUACUUUGCCAUUUCUUUUUAUUACGCUUCCUGUUCCCUUAGAAGUUAUGUGAUGGCAAAGAUGUCCUUUAGGUCCUGUAAUCUUUGUACUAGCAUUCCCAGUAGUUUUAAUGUCUAAUAGGCAUCUUUUGGAGAGGAUACCUUACUGUUAUUUUAUUUGCAUGUGUACAUAACUGAUGCAAAUUGAUGUCUGCUUUUGUCAGCCUAUGAAACCAUCAAGAGGGUCUUCUUCCACUGAAGCGAAAAAAAAUCCCUCCUCUAUAUUAGGCAUUGCUUAAGCUCAUUAUUAAUUGAAACAGCAAAUUAAAAGUAUAGAUGCAAAUAAAGCUAAGUCUUCUCCUUCAGUCAGCAUUAUGAAUUGUAUUUUUCUGUUUAUUCAGAGGAGAGUGGCUAGGCAUGAAGUUAGAACAGAUAUUUGAAGUGUAGUAUUGACAGUGUAUUUCGCCUUUGAUUUCCCCUUUGAUUUCCUCUGGAUUACAAGGGACUCCAUGAGCAUUGUCUAACUUCCAGUCGCCAGAUCCCAAAUCCUGUGUUUUGAGAGAGAGUGCCUGAAGCUGGGCUCUGAACGCUGUUUGACGGAUACAACCCAAUUCUCUGAAGCACUGAGCAGAUGGACAAUGAACCCACUGAAGGAGAGGAUUUUCAGAAGUGCACAGAGGUUUGGGCAAAUUGAGGUCACUGAUGAAAACGCCUUCUCUGGACAACUUGGUCCAAUUACAAAGAGGGAAAAUGUCAGCUCUGCUCAUUCUAGGUCUGGCUCCAUUGUAAUUCAACUUCUAACCAAAUCAUGUCUUUGAGAAAAAGUAACUAUAUAGGUAUGUGCACAUAUGUAUAAUGUGUGUGCAAGCAUAAUGUAUAACAAAGGAAGACACUGGAAUGUGUACCUAUGUUCAAUAGUGUCCAUAUGUGAAAUUGUAACAUACUGUAUGUAAAUUACCAUUUAUUAUGCCCAGAAAACUUACUAUGUUGAAUGGAAAAAAGGCUCUUAUUGUCAGUCAGGGGCCAAGAAAUGAGGUAUUGGCAAAAAUGUGAGUUCUCUUACAUUAUUUUUCUGAAAAGGGAGGUGUUGAGAAGGAUACAAGCAAUGCUGAUGCUAAACUUGCACAGUGAGUACAAUCCACUGUGCUGAUUGCUGUAAUCAAACCUGGUAAUAAAAUAACAGAUGGAAAGAGUGGAAAAGAGUAAAUUUCAUGGUGUUAACUUUAAAAUGUGAUUUUAAUUCUGUUUGGAAAUCUGUUACCUAUAAGCUGAUACCCAGGGGCAAAGGAUUUGAAUAAACACCUCAUUUGUAAUUGAUUUCAAGUGAAAAAAAACAUUUCAAAAGGUGGAAGAACUAUAGUGGAAGCAUGCGAGUACUUUGAAGUAUGCAAAGCUGUUUGAGAAAUGGAGCUGUUAAUCACAGUUAUAAGCUAUGGAGACCUUUUGUGAAAACUGCAACCCACAACUGAAGAAAGUUUAAUAAUUACUUUACAGUUAAUGGCACAUUUUCAAAAGAGCAAGUGGCAGGUAUGUAUCUCAAUCUCCAUCUGAAUACAAAUGAGAACUUGUCAUUUAAUUCCUGCUUUGUGCCUUUGAAAACAUUGUCUCCACACUUCCCAAUGGAAGAUUGGGAAGUGCUCAGAGGUCCCAGUUGCCAGAUCUCAGCUAUUAUCCCUAAUGCAGACUUAUGGACCUAAAAUAAAUGUGCAUGGGUGAGGCUGAACCACUAAAUGCCUGAACCACUAAAUAAAGGUUAUUGUCUGUCAUAUUUCCACAGUGGAGAGAUUACAGCAAGGUACAGCCUGAGUGAGAUACUGCCCUGCUGAAAUGUAGAAGAGCAGGAAAAUUUAUUUAAAAAACAGCAAGAAUUUAGCAGUAUUAAAAUAAAAAUGUAAUCCAGUCUCACA